AUGGAAGGAGAUAUGGUGGCUAAGGUGAAGAGAGAAACGGUCGCCGCAUGCAUGACUUGUCCUCUCUGCGACAAGCUCCUCCGUGACGCUACCACCAUUUCUGAGUGCCUUCACACGUUUUGUAGAAAAUGCAUAUAUGAAAAAAUCACAGAGGAUGAGAUAGAGUCCUGUCCAGUAUGUGAUAUUGACCUCGGAGGUGCUCCACUGGAGAAACUGAGGCCUGACCACAUUUUGCAAGACUUGAGAGCCAAAAUAUUUCCUCUAAAACGAAGAAAAGAAAGGACGUCUGAAGUUGUGUCCUCAAUUACAUUACCUGCAAGGAGGAAAGAGAGGUCUAUCUCUUCUUUGGUGGUAAGCACACCUAGGGUUUCAGCACAAGCUGCUACAACAGGAAAAAGAACAAAAGCUGUCACGAGAAAAGAUGUACGAGGUAGUGGUUCAUUCACUAAGAGAACUGUAAAGAAGGAAGAAGAACUUGGAGAUGAUCAUACAGAGAGUGCAAGCUCCCCUGAAACACUUCAAAAGUUUACGCAGAAUAAAAGACAGUCUAUAUUUGCAGAGCCUAACCAAUCCCUCUCUAAUCGAAGAAACAAGGAUGCUGACGAGCCUUGGGACUCCAAAUUACAUUCUUGGAAACCUUUAAAUUUUCUUGUGGAUGUGGCAAACGGAACAAAGUCUCAGGUGUCAGACCCAAAAUCUGAGCAUGGAAAUGCAUUUCAGAAUAAUGUUCAGGGUAGUAAAACCAAAACAAAGGAUCAUAAAAGAAAAUGUAAAGUCGAGCAAGAGAACAGCAAUAAUGGUGAUCCUACAACAUCAGAAACUGCUACGCUUAAAAGACCGUGUAGGACUCGACGCAAACGGUCCUCAACUUUUGGUGAUCCAAGAAUUUCAUCACUACUAGAUGCAGCAACCCUGAAACAGGAGAGGAGAAAUGGUCCUGUUUGGUUCUCCCUUGUUGCAUCCAAUAAUCAGGAAGGAGAAACAUCUUUGCCUCAGAUUCCAGCAAACUACUUGAGAAUAAGGGAUGGGAAUAUUCCAGUUUCUUUUAUCCAAAAGUACCUCAUGAGGAAGCUUGAUCUCAAGAGUGAAACCGAGGUAGAGAUAAGAUGUAUGGGAGAACCAGUGAUCCCAACGUUGCAGCUUCACAGCUUAGUGGAGCUAUGGUUGCAAACAGCUUCUAAGCAUGAAAGAGUAGCUGCAUCUAUAGGUUCCUCUGCAAAGGAAUUUGUAAUGGUGCUAGUUUAUGCUCGGAAGCUUCCAGAAUGCAACAACUAA